UCUUCUUCUUCUUCUUCUUCUUCUCACUCUAACAAAGAGAAAAACAAUGUCGAGAGCUCUGCAACUUGGAAGAUAUCUUCGUUGCAUUUCUCGAAGUAACACUAAUUUACGCUGUCAAUCUUCUCCUCUAUUUCUUCUAGUUGAUCAAUCUUCAUUUUCUUCUUCUUCCUCCUCCUCACCUACCCACUCUUACAGAUUUCUCAACAAUCAACCUUCUUUAUAUAACAGAAGAAACUUCUCAUCAUCAAUACCACCACCGCCUCCGCCGUCAUCACCUCCAUCUGACUGUAAUCAAAAUGAAGAACCACAGAAAAUAGCUCAAGGAAUAUCAACAGAGCUACUCAAACAAGAAGACGACGAUACUCUUCCAUUAAACAAACGAUUAGAUCUUCAUUUCUCGAAUGUUACUACUGAAACCUCAAAUCUCCUUCUUCUUCAGGUUCUUAAUCUUUCUCCUGAUGCUGGUCGGACCACUGUUUUAGGGUUUCACAAAUGGAUCUCAUCUCGUCCAGGUUUUCAACAUACUGAUCAAACUUAUUCAUAUCUUGUUGAUUAUUUUGGUAGAAAGAAAGAUUUUAAGAUAAUUCAUGAGAUUCUUGUUGAUGGGCGUGGGGUUAUUGGUACUAAAACCCUAGAAACAUUCGUUAAUCGUCUUGUUAGGGCUGGUAGAGAUACUCAGGCUGUAUCGUUUUUUGAUAAAUUGGAAACUGAGUAUGGUUUGGUUCGUAAUCGGCAAUCGCUUAAGAUUGUUGUCUCGAAUCUCUGUGAGAAUGGGUUUGCUAAUUCUGCUGAGAAAAUGGUCAAAAAUCUAGCUCAUGAGUUCUUUCCAGAUGAAUCUACUUGUGAGAUGUUGAUUAAAGGUUGGUGUGUGGAUGGGAAACUUGAUCAGGCUAAAAGAUUAGCUGGGGAAAUUCAUAGAGGAGGGUUUCAACUGGGGACGUCGGCUUAUAAUUCAAUUCUCGAUUGUGUCUGUAAGCUCUGUAGGAAGAAGGAUAACUUUAGACUUCAAUCUGAAGCUGAAAAGAUUCUAGUCGAGAUGGAUUAUGCAGGAGUACCUAGGAAUGUGGAGACAUUUAAUAUAUUGAUCAACAAUUUGUGCAAAAUUAGGAGAACUGAAGAAUCGGUUAAGCUGUUUGAGAGAAUGGGUGAAUGGGGAUGUAGUCCAAAUGCAGAAACUUAUCUUUUACUUAUUAAAAGUUUAUAUCAGGCAGCAAGAAUUGGCGAAGGUGAUGAGAUGAUAGAUAAAAUGAAAUCUGCUGGAUUUGGGAGUGGUCUUGAUAGAAAGGCUUAUUUUGGGUUUAUAAAGGUUCUGUGUGGGAUUGGAAGGAUUGAGCAUGCAAUGAAGGUUUUUGCUAAGAUGAAGGCUGAUGGGUUUGUACCUGGUAUCAAGUCUUAUGAGUUAUUGAUUGAGAAAUUGUGCUCUCAUGGGCAGACUCACAGAGCGAAUCAUCUCUCCAGUGAAGCAAAGUUGAAAGGUAUACUUGUGGAUCCCAAAGUGUAUAAAUUGGAUCCGAGAUUCACUAAGAAGCCUAAGGUUGAGAAGACUGCUGUCAAGAAGAGGGAAACAUUGCCUGAGAAAAUGGCGAGGAAAAGGAAAACUCUUAAGAAGAUAAAUCUAAGUUUUGUGAAGAAGCCAAAGAAAAUGAUGCGGAGAGCUUAUUGAUUGCAAUAGCUGAACUAAGCGUUUGGGAGGUGGUAGUGUCUUGAGAGUUAUUACACAAUUGAGAAAAGCUUUUCUGGCGGUAAUUUUUGUUCUAUUGUGCUUCAUUUUACUCUUGUCAACACUAAAAUUAAAAUUUCUUUUGGUUCUGAUUUAUAUUAGCUUUUCUUUUAUGCAAUUUUGACUGCUCACUGUAAAGGCAAGUGGUUACCACCCCUUGAUAGAGGGUGAUCAGGCAUCUGCCUAGUUCAAUUAUUCAAUGAAGAACUUUUGGAAA